AUGGUGAGCAUAAAACUGAGUGACCCUUCGCGUGGGUUUUGUGGGGGCGCUUUAAUCUCCAAUCAGUACGUACUGACAGCAGCCCAUUGUUUCUGGGAAGACGGGGAGAGGAUAGAAAAAGUUGGCGACAUUGCCGUAACGGUUGGCGCCCACUACCUACGAGCCACUGAACCCGAGGCCAGGGAUCACGAAGUGGCGGAAAUACGAAUACCCAGAAACUUCACCAAAGCCUCAAACGGUUUCGAUAUAGCGGUACUUAAACUGAAAACUAAGGUCAAGUUUAGCCGACGCGUACGUCCUAUAUGUCUGCCCCCGGAUAACAGCGCCGACGACUACGCUGGUCAGGUGGCUAUGGUGUCCGGUUGGGGUCAUACGGUUCAGGGAGGGGUGGAUAGUCCUGUACUUAUGGAGGUACCGGUGCUCGUAUGGAAGAACAAAGACUGUUAUAAUAGUUAUAUGAAUACAACAACGAUUACAUCCAAUAUGCUAUGCGCUGGUUAUAGGAAGGGUAGAAGGGAUUCGUGUCAUAAUGAUUCCGGUGGUCCCCUGAUGUUGAGGUCUAAUAGAACUGGUAGGUGGGUGCUCAUUGGUGUGGUGUCGUGGGGUGAAGGGUGUGCCCAACCAAAUUAUCCCGGGGUUUACACCAGGCUCAGCGAGUAUAUUAAAUGGAUUCGUAAGCUUAUCACUCAAUCGACAAGGUUAUUGAGCACUUUGUCAACUGUUCCUGAUACUGCAAUCACAACUGCCCCUACUACCAACACAACCACAUCUCACCAUGUUAAUAUAACUACAAUCACCACCACUACUGACAACCCUAAUGAUUGGUGGAAUAGUCAACCCUUAACCGAAAUAUGUGGUCGUGAAUCAAACCUUAAUCGUGUAGUAGGGGGACGGGAGACAAGAAAUGGUGCGCAUCCCUGGAUGGUAGUCAUAAAAAGGAAGGGCAGUUCGAAUUGGUUUUGUGGCGGCACCUUAAUCUCUAAUCAGUACGUACUGACAGCAGCCCAUUGUUUCUGGGAAGACGGGAAGUUGACCGAAAAGGCAGGCAACAUUGCCGUAACGGUGGGCGCCCAUGACCUACGAGCCACUGAACCCGAGGCCAGGGAUAACGAAGUGGAGGCCAUAGGAAUACCUAACGACUAUACUAGUUCUCUCCAUGGCUUGGAUAUAGCGGUACUCAAACUGAAAACUAGGGUCAAGUUUAGUGGACGCGUACGUCCUAUAUGUCUGCCCCGACAUAACAGCACCGACGACUACGCGGGUCGAGUGGCUAUGUUGGCCGGUUGGGGUCUUACGAAAUACCCCGGAACGGUUAGCCCCGUACUUCAGGAGCUGUCUGUCCACGUGUUGGGUUACCAAAAGUGUGAUGCGAUUUGGAAUGAUUAUGAUUUCAAACUCAAGUCGGAUAUGAUAUGCACCGGUGGUUAUAAGGCUGGCGGUAAGGGUGUGUGUAGAGGUGAUUCCGGUGGGCCUGUCAUGUUAAAGUCUAAAAGCACUAAUAGGUGGGUGCAGAUUGGGGUGGUAUCGUGGGGUCCCAAGAAUUGUACCAAAGCCGGACUUCCUGAUGUGAACACCCGGGUCAGCGAGCAUAUCAACUGGAUUUGUAAACAAAUUUAUUGA